AUUAGGUUCAAAUUAAAUGAAGAAACUUUGUUUUGUUGGGAAUUUUGUUCUGAAACUUUGGGUUUUUACCUCCACAGGCUKGUCAACUGACAGUUGCCAAUUGUGAUAAGUGCACUCCUGGAUGGGCUUGGUAUGACGGUCGAUGUUUCCUGUUUAUUAACGUUACAAUGACCUGGGCUGCAGCAGAGAGUGUCUGCCUCUCAUUGGAUGGACAUCUGGCCUCAAUACGCAGUACAAAUGAGUACAACUUCAUCAGACAACUUGUCCUCAGUUCAUCUAAAACAAACGCACAAAGUUGGAUUGGAGGUCAUGAUUCAGCAGAGGAAGGCAACUGGUUGUGGAGUGACGGUUCCAAGUUUUUGUUUCAUCACUGGGGGAAGAACGAGCCAAACAACGGCAAAGGAAACGAAGACUGCAUGGAGAUCAACUUCGCUGAACAAGAUUAUGUGAAUGAUACUGUCUGUAGCCUGAAGUUCCCCUCCAUCUGUGCCAAACAACUGUAACCUUCUUAUGCAUUUUAAAUGCUCAUAUGGGUUUCCUGCUGGUGAUGUCACUUCCCCCUGGAUGUUAAGCGUCGAUGACAUCACUGCUGGAAGAACCUGAUUUCACUUCAUUUGAUCACUUAAAUAAACUUGUUUCUCUGAAAUCUGA